CUAACCCUUGUGGGUAGCCGGGGCCGCAGUGUGAGUAGGCUGAGUGACCCGCGCGGCAACUGCGGCGCCGCAAAGCCGGACGUUUUUUCGGGUUUCCGGGCCACGCGCAGCCUGCUCCGGGUCCUGGCGGAACGGCGAGGCUGAGGCUGACUCCAGUCUCGAGAUGCCGGGGGAGGAGGAGCGAGCCCUCCUGGCGGCCCGGGAGGAGCUGGCGAGCGCCUUGAGGAGGGAUUCUGGGCAGUCAUUUUCCCUGGAGCAGCUCCAGCCACUACUGGCCACCUCUCUGCCACCGGCUGCCCGCUACCUGCAGCUGGACGCCGCACGGCUGGUCCGCUGCAACGCGCUCGGGGAGCCAAGAAACUACCUCAACACUCUGUCCACGGCAUUGAACAUCCUGGAGAAAUAUGGCCGCAACCUCCUUAGCCCUCAGCGGCCCCGAUACUGGCGCGGGGUAAAGUUCAAUAAUCCGGUCUUUCGCACCACAGUGGAUGCUGUGCAGGGGGGCCGGGAUGUGUUGCGACUGUAUGGCUAUACUGAGGAGAGGCCAGAUGGAUUGAGCUUCCCCGAAGAGCAGGAGGAACCAGAUGAGCACCAAGUUGCUACGGUCACAUUGGAAGUACUGCUGCUUCGGACUGAGCUCAGCUUACUGUUGGAGAAUACUCAUCCAAGACAGAAUGCACUGGAACAGCUGCUAAAUGACAAAGUUGGAGAUGAUUUGCUGCAGCUUUCAGAGUUUGACCCACUAUUGAGAGAGAUUGCGCCCGGCCCCCUCACCACACCCUCAGCCACAGGUUGUAGUCCUGGUCCUUGCUUUCUCUGUGGUUCAGCUCCAGCCACUCUGCACUGCCCAGCCUGUAAACAGGCCUCAUGCCAAGCUUGUGACCUCUUGUUCCAUGGACACCCAUCCCGUGCUCAUCACCUUCGACAGACCCUGCCUAGAACCCCGCAGGCUGCCCACUUGAGCCCCAGUUUACCUGCAUCAUCCCACCCACGACCUCAUUCAACCUCCUUGCUGGCUCUCGGAGGCAGCUCUCUUUCUUCCCCUGAUCCUGGAAGCACCCAUCUGCUGUGGCACUGUGCUGCCUGUACCAUGCUAAAUGAGCCUUGGGCAGUCCUCUGUGUGGCCUGUAAAAGGCCUAGAGGCUGUAAGAUAUUGGGGAUAGGGACUGAAGGUCUCCAAGGAAGUGGAGACCUAGAACCUGAGCUUGCACGGGGUCAGUGGGCCUGCCAGAGCUGUACCUUUGAGAAUGAGGCAGCAGCUGUGCUAUGUGCCAUAUGUGAGAGACCACGGCUUGCCCAGCCUCCUAGCUUGGUGAUGGAUUCCCAGGAUGGUGGCAUUUGUCUGCAGCCCCUUAAGCAGGGGGAUACUUUGCCUUCUGCCCAGACCCAAGUCUGGUACUGUAUUCACUGUACCUUCUGCAACUUGGGUCCUGGCUGGGUGUGUGCUAUGUGUAACCGGACCAGCAGCCCUACCCCAGUACAGCAUGCUCCUGUGCCCUGUGCUAGCUCUUUGGAAAAGGGACUUCCAAAGCCUGGGCCUCCACAACGACUUGGUGUCUCCAUGACCAGUACCAGUGGAAAUGCUGAGAAACAGCGCCAAGACAAGAUGCGAGAGGAAGGUCUCCAGCUAGUGCUCAUGAUCCGGGAAGGAGAAACUGCAGGUGCCUGUCCAGAGGAGAUCUUCUCAGCCUUACAGUACUCAGGCACUGAAGUGCCCCUGCAGUGGUUGCGCUCAGAGCUGCCUUAUGUGUUGGAGAUGGUAGCUGAACUGGCUGGACAGCAGGACCCAGGUCUGGGGGCCUUUUCUUGUCAGGAAGCCCGGAAAGCCUGGCUGGAUCGUCAUGGGAACCUUGAUGAAGCUGUGGAGGAGUGUGUGAGGGCCAGGAGGAGGAAGGUGCAAGAGCUCCAGUCCCUGGGCUUUGGGCCUGAGGAAGGGUCCCUUCAGGCUUUAUUCCAGCAUGGGGGUGAUGUGGCACGGGCUCUGACUGAACUACAGCGCCAACGUCUAGAGCCCUUUCACCAGCGCCUCUGGGAUACUGGUCCUGAACCCACCUCUUCCUGGGAUGGGCCAGACAAGCAGAGCCUGGUCAGACGGCUUUUGGCAGUUUAUGCACUUCCCAGCUGGGGCCGGGCAGAGCUGGCUCUGUCACUGCUGCAGGAGACACCCAGGAACUAUGAACUGUUGGAUGUGGUAGAAGCUGUGAGGCAUAGCCAGGACCGGGCCUUCCUUCGUCGCCUGCUUGCCCAGGAAUGUGCUGUGUGUGGUUGGACCCUGCCCAGAAACAAAAUGCAGGCCUUGAUUUCCUGUGAGUGUACCAUCUGUCCUGAGUGCUUCCGCCAACAUUUCACCAUUGCCUUGAAGGAAAAGCACAUCACAGACAUGGCAUGCCCUGCUUGUGGCCGCCCAGACCUCACUGAUGAUACUCAGUUACUCAGCUACUUCUCUACUCUUGACAUCCAGCUACGAGACAGCCUAGAGUCAGAUGCCUAUGCAUUGUUUCAUAAGAAGCUGACUGAGGCUGUGCUGAUGCGAGACCCCAAGUUCUUGUGGUGUGCCCAGUGCUCCUUUGGCUUCAUAUAUGAGCGUGAACAGCUGGAGGCCACAUGUCCCCAGUGUCACCAGACCUUCUGUGUGCGCUGCAAGCGCCAGUGGGAAGAACAGCACCGAGGACGGAGCUGUGAGGAUUUCCAGAACUGGAAACGUACCAAUGACCCAGAAUACCAGGCCCAAGGCCUAGCAAUGUAUCUUCAAGAAAAUGGUAUUGACUGCCCCAAGUGCAAGUUCUCAUAUGCACUGGCCCGAGGAGGCUGCAUGCACUUUCACUGUACCCAGUGUCGCCACCAGUUCUGCAGUGGCUGCUACAAUACUUUCUAUGCCAAGAAUAAAUGUCCAGACCCUAAGUGCAAGGUGAAAAAAUCCCUGCAUGGCCACCACCCUCGAGACUGCCUCUUUUACUUACGAGAUUGGACUGCUGUCCGGCUCCAGAAGCUGCUACAGGACAAUAACGUCAUGUUUAAUACAGAGCCUCCAGCUGGGGCCCGGGCAGUCCCUGGAGGUGGCUGCCGAGUGAUGGAGCAAAAAGAGGUUCCCAAUGGGCUUAGGGAUGAAGCUUGUGGCAAAGAAACUCCACCUGGCUAUGCCGGCCUUUGUCAGUCACACUACAAAGAAUAUCUUGUGAGCCUCAUCAAUGCCCACUCAUUAGACCCAGCAACUCUGUAUGAGGUGGAGGAGCUAGAAAUAGCCACUGAACGCUACCUGCAUCUGCACCCCCAGCCUUUGGCUGGAGAGGAUCCCCCUGCCUACCAAGCACGCUUGUUACAGAAGCUGAUGGAAGAGGUGCCCUUGGGACGGAGUAUUCCCCGAAGGAGGAAGUAGCUGAAGGAAAGGGUCCUGCUCCCUCAGAAAUAGCUCCAGCACCAAUAAAGAGGCAUCUUACUGCCCAGGC